UUCAAUACCCUAUCAGGUCUUGCUUCCAUGGACUCUUGGCACUGAGUGUAUCUUGAGCCUGCAACUCCUGGCUAAAAAAUAGAAGAGCUAUGAAAUGGGAUAGAAAAGCUAGCAAAUAAUAUCAGAUCUUUAAAGACUUCUUAAGUAAGGCAUAAACAAAACCAUUCUGUAGGAGAGAAGAGAAGGCCUGGAAAGACAAAAGUGAAACCCUCUAAAUAGAAGAAGCAAUCUCUUCUCACCGCUUCCCCUUUGCUGACGAACUUCUAGGUGGUGGGUCAUCUGUUGUUUACUGUGAGGAAAAAUGACCUAGUAAUUUAUCCUUUUCUGCUUGAGCCAUUUUCAAAUCCCCUGGCAGACUGAACCAGAGUUGGGGUGAUUUCGAAUUGCUGGUGGUACCUGGGACUCAUGAGUACAUCACGUUCAGCGUUUACUUUGUACACAGUCAAACUGUUCCUAUUUUAUGCAGUACUGGGCUUCCUAAAUGUUUGUGGCUUUAGUGGUGAAAAGGAGUCCCUUAAAUUCAGCGGCACCAACAUGAGUCUGACCAAAGGCAGAUGGGCCCGAUCCGUGAGCAGUCUGCCGCAGCCCAUUGAGUGUGUGCUCUCCAGCUGGUCAUCAUGGAGCAAGUGCGAUCCCUGUCAAAAAAAACGGUACAGGUUUGUCCGCCUGGAACAACCUUCUCAGUUCAAUGGAGAUCCAUGUGAUCAUUCUGAUACAGAAACUGAAGACUGUGUUACAAAUAAUCCUUGCAGAAAUAAAGUUAGAUGUGAAGGUUUUGUAUGUGCGAUUACAGGAAGGUGCAUUACACGGAGGCUGCUUUGUAAUGGGGAUGAUGACUGUGGGGACCAGUCAGAUGAAAAAAACUGCAGAAAAGUAUUUAGAAAAUGUGACCAGAAGAUGGAGCAAUAUUGGGGAAUAGAAAACCUGGCAAAAGGGUUAAAUAUUUUCACAAACGACUUGGAAGGAUCAGUUCUUGAUCACAGGUACUACGCUGGGGGAUGUUCUCCCCAUUAUAUUGUGGACACGAGAUUUAGAAAGCCAUACAACGUAGAAAGGUAUACCCCAGAGACCAAAGGCAAAAAUGAAUUUACACUGACUGAAUAUGACUCCUACUCAAAUUAUGAAAGUAAUGUCCUGAAGGCAAAAGCUUCACAGUCUGGCUUCAGCUUUGGUAUAAAUCUGCGUUUGUUUGAACUCGGUUACAGUUCUAACGACAGGAGGUUCAAGAAGUUCUUUCAAAGGAUGAAAAGAUUUUCUUCAACUUCCAGUAAAUUUAUUCAUGCCCGUUCUGAGCUGGAUGUUGCCAUUUAUAAACUGAAGCCCCGGGCCCUGAUGCUGCAUUACGAAUUCAUGCAGCGGCUCCAUCAGCUACCCUCAGAGUACAGCUACGGCGAGUACAGAGAGCUCUACAGGGACUACGGGACCCAUUACAUCACUGAAGCUACUCUUGGUGGCAUCUACGAAUAUACUUUAGUUCUGAAUAGUAACGAGCUCCAAAAAGCAGGUUAUUCCCUGAGCGAUGUCCAGAAAUGUGCACAGCAUGGCUUUAACAUUGGUGCAACUAUCAAAGGCAUCACUGUGAGUUUGGGAGUGACUGAUGGCACCUGUAAAUCCCUUUUAAAAGAAAUUGGAGACAGCACCUUCAAAAAACAGUAUGUGGAAGAUUUCAUUGCCCUUGUUCGUGGAGGAGCAAGUGAAUACAUUACCACAUUGGCUUACAAAGACUUGCCGACUGCUGCGCUAAUGCAGGAAUGGGGAGAUGCUGUACAGUACAACCCUGAAAUCAUAAAGCUAAAGGCACAGCCGCUGUAUCAGCUGGUGACUCCAACUGACUUUGCUAAUGCAAUGGCAAUAAAAGAAAAUAUGCAACGUGCUCUUGAGGAGUUUCAGCUGGAGACCAGUUCCUGUCGCUGUGCUCCGUGUCGCGGCAAUGGAAUGCCCAUUUUGAAAGGAAGUGAGUGCAAAUGUUUAUGUCCCCUUGGCUAUAGUGGCACUGCCUGCGAGAUCACCAAGAGGGAAGAUGCUGCUGUUAAUGGGAACUGGGGCUGCUGGGCCAGCUGGUCUGCGUGUUCAGGAGGUCAGCGAUCAAGGAGACGACAGUGCAACAACCCUGCACCGCGAAAUGGUGGUUCAUCAUGCUCAGGGCCAGAUGUUGAGACAGUUAGUUGCUAGAGGAAAUUAUGAGGAACUUGCACAAAAGAGAUGAGCAAUUUACUAAUUGAGAGGAAAGACGUUAACUGACUGGCUUACUAAGUUAGCUUAGCUCUGCUUGUGGGUCUCAUCCUAAGUGCACUGAUGUCAGAAAAAAUUCAGAAGUCAUCGGGACCUGGGUGUAUGUUAUGAAUCAUGUCUGUUGGACAUGAUUUGCAAUUGUCCCAUAGGAUUGAAUAUGCUUACCGUUCUUAGUAUUUUGACUUUAUUGCAAUGGGUUAAUUGAGACAAGCUUCAUCUCCUGCCUUAUUUGGUAGCUGUAUGAUUAUAAGUUUUAAUCUUUUGUUUCUGAAGGUUCCUUUGCGAUAAGAAAAGACUGUUUGAUCUUCAUGCACCAGAAUGUGGGCUAAUACGCAGCUUCUGUGAAGACAGCUGUGUCAUGUGGAGCAAAAUACAGCAUAUUAAAGUCUAAAUCUCGAUGAGCGCAAUAGUAUCUAAUGUGACAUUUAAAGCAGCUGUACCUCACUACCCCAGUUUCCCAUUUUUUUAUUUGACAUAAAUUGUCUGUCAUAUUAGAGAUUGUCUUGCAGGAGCAAAAAGCGAGCUGUGGAGAAUAUUCUGGUGAAACCAAGAUAUUGUUGGCCUAUACAGCAGUAGUAUUCUUAUUGCAGAGAUGAGCUUCCUCCUGCAGAUUUCUAAAGUAGAGCAGAUACACUUAGAGUGUCGGGUACACCCUGAUGCACUCUGAUACACUGAUAUGCUUGUUUCUUGGAAAGAAGAGGGAAGGGGAGACGGAUGCCGCUGUGGCGGGGAACUGGAAAGCAGCUGCUGCUCCUUCUGCUGCUUGGGGAUAUUGAAGGGUAGGAGAGAUGACUGUGCUUACAGGAAAGUCAUGAACCCUGAACAGCAGCUGUCACCCCAGGAGUCCAGGAGCCUCCAUGGGAGCAGGAUGAGCAGCAAGCUUUUAUGCAGCUCGUUGGCAUGAGCAGAAUACAUAGAACGUUUUGGAAUGAAGAUAAUUAUGCACCCCUCGAAUCUUCUCCCCUUCUCCCUUUUGCCUCUCCCAAAAGCUGGCUCUGGUUCAUCUGUUUGAUUCCAUGAAAACCUGUAUUUCAGCAGAUACAUUGCUAGUCUAGUCAGGUUUAGGGCAUCUGAGAUAGAAAGACUUUGCUGUGAAACAAGCCAAAGCCAAAUGAAUGGCGUGCCCUUUGUCACUGUCUCUGGGCUCUGAAGUCAUGCAUCAAAAUCCAUCUCGAACAAAAGAGAAACUCGGAACACUCUGCACGGUUUCAGGGCUAACCUGGGUGACUUUGGUCCAGGGCCUUGUCUCCCAGUGCUUUGUGAGUGGUUACUAAUUUUUGCACAGACAUUUGGUGGGAGCAUGCUGUAAAAUAACUAGCGAUAACUUUGCUCCAGGAAAAUGAUGCAACCAGUACAAACGUUUUCGUGAAUGUUGUUUGUUUUCCAGCAUUUCCAAGGUCAAGCACUUUUCCAAGGGUUUUUAGCAAUGCUGUUGACGAUGGGUUGGUAUCACCAAUUUCUCUUCUUUCCGAUUGACGUUGUCUUAAUGUGAUUCUUACAAAAACAACCCCGGCUCUCUGACAUUUGAACAAUGGAACAUGCAUUUAGUUUCGUCCUCAUGCCGCCUCCACACUGAUCGACAAGGUGUCUGUGUGACAGCUUUAAGAAAGGAAGAGAACAUUGCAUAUGUAAAAGAAGAGUGCUCUGUACUCAUAAUGGGCUACGUAUUUGAGCUGCCAAGCCAAAAAAUUUCCGUUAUGCAGUAUGUGACUACUAUCGCUUUUGUGUGAUGGAGGUUUGCCAACAGGUUGAUUUAGGGUCAUGGUCAAAGAGGUCACUGCUUAUGGUAAAUAUAGUAUUCUUUAGUGUUUUUUAAAGGGCCGAUGUAGAGGCUCUGUAACAGAGGACCCUGAUCACCAAUUUUGAACAGCUCAUGGGUGCCUAUGGAAACACGUACUGCAUUGCAGGUGCCUGCCCUUAUUUAGAAGCAUCGAAAUAAUCUGACUAAGAAACUUUCUUCUGACAAGCGAAGCGUCUGUAGUAAGCAGUCUGGCACAACCCUGUAGUGUAUCUAUCCCCUGCUUCUGCAAGCAGAGCCACAUGUAGUAACCUGAAUUUGAACUAUCCCCUGAUCAGAAGUGGCAGUGCCUGGGACUGGAUGUUUGUGAGGUUUUUUUGGAGGCAAAGAGGAGAGAUAUGACAGUCUUCAAGAUCAGCAGGAUAGUUUUAAGUGAAGCACAAUUUCAGUAGUGGUUGACUAUUGAGCCCAUAGACUCUACAAGCCUCCCACAAAGGACCUAACUUUAUCUUGUCCUUGUGAUUUUUUGCUUUGAUUUAACUAAUGAAUGAUUUAUUAUCAUUUGGAGAGUAAUAAAAAUACUGUGCUGACGCUUUUAUUGUUUCAUUUUGGUACAUAUUAAAUCUUGGUACCAUCGUU